AUGGCAGCAACCAUUAGAAAUAGUGAUAAUGUUUAUUCCAAUGGAUCAAUGUCCAAUAAUUUUAAAAUUAUUCAUGAUUGGUUUACUUCAUUUGAAGAUGAGAAAGUGUCAUCAACUUUGAACCACAAUCCAAAGCUCAAUGCUAAAAUUCAUUUAGCUAUAACUGAAGAACCUUCAAAUUAUGUGUCAUCGAUUUGUGAUCAUCUUUUUUCACUUUAUCAUAAUGUACAACAUCGGCUAUUCGUACUUCAAUUUCUUCCGUCAUUCGUCAUAACCUAUUAUGAUGUUCUUUAUCAUCAUCGUCAUCUAGAAUCAAUUGAUACUACAACUAAGGAUGUUUGUUCAACAAUUGAUACUUUCCUUGUCGGCCUUUACAAUCUAAGUGUGACGGAUGAUGGAAAUAAUGAAAAAACCUAUGAAUUUCGCGUUCCAAAUUUGACUCUUCCAUCUAUUUAUCAUACACCGAAUCCUGAUCAUUAUGCUCCAAUACCGCUUACUCAAUAUGCAAUAUCGAAACAUGAGCAAAAAUGUGAAGUUAUUCGUUUACAAUCUUUUAGUCCAUUUGAUUCCGUUAAUGGAAAUACAAGCAGUUCAAAACUAAUGAUCAAUUAUCAGGGAGAGCAAAUUCUCUGGUUUCUUCUUAUUCAAUAUGGUACAAAUGUAUCUUUCAUGGAUAAAUAUUCUCGACGAUCAUAUAUUAAAAUGUCAAAAAAAUUACUUGGCCAAGGUUUUUCAUUUAAUGGUGAUCAAUCAUCAAAAACGAAAUCAAUUUUACCACCAACUGGUCGUCGUAUUCAUGUAGCAAGUCGAAUUAUGUCGGAAAUGUUAGGAACAUUAUUUUAUUUUAAAUUUAAUGCAUCAGAGAAGGAAGCAGAUGAAUGCAUGCGUUUAUUAAAACUUCGUGCAGAAUAUGAAAUGUAUCCUGAUGUUAUAUUAAUGACUGAAUCAAUGAAAUAUUUACAUGAAUUUGAAACUCAACAACCUGAACAACACGAUACAAUGGGUAUUGAAAUAGAAUUACCACCAACAAUGGACAUAGUACGACAAAAACGAACAGCAACAACAAGACGUUCAAUAAAAAAUCGUCAACGUUCAAAUAAACAAAAUGAUACAACAGUUCUGAGUGAAACUAAUAUCAAUGAAAAUAUAAAUAUUAUACCUGCAACACCACCACCACGAACUGAACUUAAUAUGGUUGAUGAAAAUUCUCUAACAGUUGAAUAUAAAACUUUUCAUGAUCAUUAUGAUGAUGAUCAAUCAUCACCAAUAAUUGAUGAAGCACGAUCCAAUAUUUCUUCAUCAAUUGGUCCAGCUACAUCAACACCAUCACCAUCAUCAACUCGUUUUUAUAAACCAGUAUCAUUAACAUCAACACAAACUUAUUUUAAUAAUAUUCAACAACAACAACCAAGUGAUUCAUCACCGACUUUACAACUCAAAACAAAGAAACAUAAUGAUGAUACAGAACCAACAACAAUGUCAACAUUACCAUAUUCAUCCAACAUAAAACAUAGAGAAAAAAAAGAUGCUACAACAACAGUUAGAUUUAAUGACGGUAAAUCACGUGGAAACGAAAUAAAUAUUGAAGAAACAUAUCUUUAA